GCUCUUUUAUUUUAUCAACAAAACCCCCACUUUGAGACCUUAAAACCAGUCAGUUAAUUGAAUUGGAGAAAGACAUCAAGAACAUCAAUGGCUAGCGAUGAGUUCAGGCUGGUAUCACCUCCAAUAAACCACGAAGGAAGGUUGCCUAGAAAGUACGCGUGGGAAGGCCAGGGUGCAUUGAAGAACUUGUCUCCGCCGCUGGAAUGGUACAACGUGCCCGAUGGAACGAAGACCUUGGCCCUUGUGGUUCAGGAUAUCGAUGCUCCGGACCCUAGCGGCCCAAUCGUGCCGGGGACCAUCUGGGUGGUCGUGAACAUUCCUCCCACGGUGAAUAGGCUGGCUGAGGGGUUCUCUGGAAAGAAAGAGGAACUGGGUGGUGAAUAUGCUGGAAUCAAAGAAGGGCACAAUGACUGGAAGGUCCCGGGGUGGCGCGGGCCCAAGCUGCCCUCCCAUGGCCAUCGGUUCGAGUUCAAACUCUAUGCUUUGGACGAUGAGAUGCACCUUGGUAACAAGGUCACGAAGGAGAAGCUGUUGGAGGCAAUUGAAGGGCAUGUGCUGGGAGAAGCGGUCUUGAUGGCCCCUUUCUAAUACAAUAUCUUUAUUUAUUUUUUAUUUUUUUAUUUUUUUUU